AUGUCAGGGGAAGAAACCAAGGCUGUGGUCUUCACAAUAACUGAGGAGACAGAGGUGAGAAAGAUGAGCAAGAAGGGAUGCAUCUUUGAGAAGUAUAUGCAGCCCUGCCUGGCUGAGCUGUUCGGGACUGGCCUGUUUGUGUUUGUGGGGUGCGCAUCUGUUGUUGGGAAUGUGGGGACUGUGGGUGUCAUCCAACCUGCUGUGGCACAUGGACUGGCGCUGGGAGUGCUCAUUAUGGUGUUCGGUCAAAUCAGUGGGGGGCACUUUAACCCUGCUGUGUCUCUGAUGGCGUACCUGUGUGGAGGGAUGGAGUUUUCCCUGUUGUUACCUUACGUCCUGGCUCAAAUGGCGGGUGGGAUGGCUGGCGCUGGUUUGACCAAGGCAAUUUACCCCACCAGUGAGUAUGCUGCUUCCCUUGGAGGGGCCUUUCGCGUAGCCCCCGAUGCUCUUGCUGAAACCACUCUGGCUGAGGUGAUAAUGACAACAUUUCUUACCACUGUGGUGUGCAUGGGGGCCAUCAACACAAAAACCAGUUCACCGGGGGCUCCUUUCUGCAUCGGCCUCACUGUGACAGCCAACAUAUUCGCUGGGGCAAUGAUAUCCGGAGCCUGUAUGAACCCUGCACGAGCCUUUGGUCCUGCAGUUGUUGCCAACCACUGGAGCCACCACUGGAUCUACUGGGUUGGACCUGUUUGUGGAGCCCUGGUCACUGUUAGCUUCACCAGGUUAUUGUUUGGUGACCGGAAGACCAGACUUGUGUUGAAGUAAAUGUAUAAUUUAAUAAAGAGAAGAAGAAAAGACAAACUACCCUUAAACGACAUGAUACCAGCAUUUUCCUUUUGGAUGUUCAUUUUUUCAUCAACAACUAGGCUGUAAAAAUUGAAUUUGGCAGCAAAAUACGCACAAGUAUAUUUUUUCAAAAAAACAGCUGGAGCUGAUAAUGGUUCCAUAACUCACUGUCAUGUUUGUACAUUGCACAUAUUGCAAUAUAUACAUGUAUGUACAAUGUAAUAUAUAUGUAUUUCAAUAUGUAUUUUAUAGAAGAUUGUCAAAUAUUCAUGUGUAGAUAGAUAACUGUAAA